AUGAAUUCGGAACUGCGUUUGGCUGUAUUUUCUCCCAAUCAGAAAGCCUGGAAUGGCGAAUGUGUAUUUGCAACGGCUCCCCAGUUUGACUCAUCUCUCAAAAAGAAUGUUGCUUUCAUUAAGAAGAUAAGAUCAGGAAUAGGUAGAGACAACCAGGAGUCUCUACUCCAAGGAAUCAAAAGCCUCUCUUUGGAAAAGUAUAUGAACGAAUUGUUGUCUACGCUAUCAGAAGCGCUUACAAGGGUGUCCAAGGGGUCGGACGUGCCCGGUGUUGUUAAUGUUGUAUCCGCUCUACACCAAAGAUUCUCCACGAGCUUCACUCCAUAUUUGAUGCUUUACUUUGCCCAUUUUGUUGCGCCUAUCAACGAGUCAAAGCUCAGCGAGAAGGACAAAACCGAUCAUUUUAGCAAGAUGAAGAAUAUGGUGCGUCUUCUGAUGGAAUUCAGCCUUUGUGGGUUGUUCACCAAUGUAGAAGCCAUGCCUUCUGAUCAGCUACCUCGAUACAUGUCCUCUAUAAAGGCCAAAGACUGCUUAAUGAUUGUUUUGUGUCUCAGAGAGGUUUUACGGGGAAACUCGGAUGGUACUCAAUCUUUAGAACUCGCCACACAAUUUCUUAAGAGAUUCUCUGAGUAUAUAACGGGGCCUAAUGAAUUCUUAGAGGAGAAAAGUCGGGUCCUGUUGCAGAAGUUGAUGUUUAAGUAUGCUGAUUAUACGGUGAAUACCACUGAAGAUCUGUAUAGGAAAUUUUCUGCGAAGAAAUCCAGGGCUGAGACCAAGGCACUUAAGACUGGUAAAGUUGAAGAAGGGACGGAGGAUGAGAUAGGAGAGCUAAAGCUGGUUGUAGAGAAAUUCCAGGCUUUUUGUGAACUGGCGGCCGAUAUCUUGGGUACUAGAAAGCCAGAAUUGGUAGAAUAUGAGACAAAGAAGUUGGAGUCCGGUACCAAAGUAGAGAUAGUGACGAAUAGUGCCACGAAGCCAGACUCUUUAUGGGGAUCAGAUGACAUGACGAAGUUUUAUGAGGAAUUUCCGGAUUUGUCUACGUUGAUUCCAAAAUCUAUAAUGACUGACGAGGAAGAUGAUGAGUCUAAAGGAACUAGAAUGUCAGAAUUGCUUCUUAGAUUGGACGACGCUUUAACGGCUAAAGAUGUCGAUGAAGUUGCAUUGGACUACUGGAAAUGGGGACUUAACAACAAGUCCUCACAGAACCGAAUGUUUGUUCAUUUAUCUCGCUCUAAGGAGAUGUUCAAGUUUCGAAAUUACGCUCGGUUUCUCAAAAUCAACCAAAAGUACAUACCUGAGCUCAUAGAGAAGAUAAUAGAACAGCAGGACAAAAACUUGAGAUUUCAGAUCCAUAAUAAUGCUAUGACAGAGAAGGUGAUCUACUUUUUCGGAGAGAUGGUGAACUUCAAGCUGAUUCCAGUCUAUGUUCUCUUCCAUAAGGUGAGGCUGCUUAUACUGAACAUAGAUGUGAGCCAUAAUAUUGACAUUCUUUCGAUGCUAUUUGACACUUGCGGACGAAGAUUGUUGUAUGAUGACGAAUAUAGGGAGCAUACGGAGGAAUUGAUUCGAUUGCUCAGUAAUUUGAAGAGCACUAGGAAGUUCAAAAUGGUGGACUCACAAGCUGUCAAACUAUUUUUGCUCUCUUUGUAUCCUACAAGUGUCAAGAGAGUGGCAGUGGUGGAUAUUAGAACUGAUGAAGAGAAAUUCAUGGAAUUUUUGGUGAGGCGAGGAUUGACUUCGUCCAAUUACAGGACUAUCUUGGCUGUGCUUAAGAGAAUGGAUCUGACCGAGAAGAUCAACGUGAAGCAAAUUGAGCAUAUAUUCAGUACUCCUGAAGACGUCAAUUACUCAUUGAUCCCUGAAUUUGCCAAGGUGUUGCAGCAACUUGGUACAUUGGACAAUCUGGGCCAUUUACGAGUUCACGUGAUUGACAAUUUGUUUGAGUCAAUUACGGUUGGUUUAGAAAACAACGAUUAUCGGCAAAACCGAGUUCGAUUGGCACAAGUUCGGUAUUUGACCGAACUGUUCAACCUCAAAAUGCUCAAAGCAAAUUUGCUACUAUCCACUCUGUAUAGGAUAGUUUGCUUUGGACAUCAGAACUAUUAUCCUACAAAGGGAGAAAUGUGCUUAAAUGAUCCAGCUGAGAGUUACUUUAGAGUGAGAUUGGUAUGCGAACUAUUAAAUCAUUUGAGGUUUGACCGAAAGAUGGGUAAGGGAGUGAGGAAUGAAUUGGCACUUUUCUACUUGUUUUUUGACUAUUAUCUAUGGACGAAGGUCCAGCCAUUGCCUAUGGAGAUCACAGGCAAGUUGGAGGAAAUGUGGCAGUCGAUGGAGGUUGAUGGGGAGAAAUUCAGGAGAAGUGAGAGCUAUUGUGAAGCUAUUGAGAGACUAAAAGCUGCGAUGAAGGCUAAGGGAGUUGAAGAGGCAGCUGAAGAGGCAGUGGAAGGGGCGGACGAGGAAGAAGAAGAAGAAGAGGUUGAGGAGGAAGAUGAUGAUGAAGACAGAAGAUUUGACAAGGGAAUUGCAGAUACGGAGUCAGAGUCAGAGUCAGAGACAGAGGAAGAUGAUGAUGAGGAGGAGGAAGAGGAAGAAGAAGAAGAAGAAGAAGAAGAAGCGGAAGCAGAAAGAGAAGAUGAUGUUGAUAAUGAGAGUGAGAAUGAUGAGACAAACUCGGAGUUAACAUACGAAGAGAAAGAAGAGGAACGAUUCAACGAAGAUCUGGAUAGAGAAUUAGGAAGAUUACGGUUAGAAGCAAUGGCCUCUAUAAAGAACAGCUCUUUAGGAACAUCUGGUGCAGCACGAGUGGCAGGAGUACCACAAGAGUCUCUAUCAAAUCCUACAUCGAUAUUAUCCAAAGCUAAUGGGUCUACCACCAGCAAAACUUCAUCGUUCACAUUUGUGUCACGUGCAGGAAAGAAGAUAGAAGCCCGGGGUUUGCAACUUCCGGAGGACGCGAAAUUCACGAGAAACUACACAGAGCAGACCGAUAAGGCCAAGCGGGAGAAAGAGGCUAUCAAAUCGAUCGUUCUCAUUUGUCUUAUUGAUACGAUGAGUACGUUGAACGUGUUGAGAUAUGUUGCUCUUGGAACUGGUGUGUUGUAUGGAUUUGUGCAUGUGCAAUCCCUAAAAAAGAACGGAAAGAAGCAAGUUGAAAAGUACCAGUUCGAGCAGAAGCAAAAGCUCGUCGAAGAGGCAAAAAAUCAAUGGAAUCUUCAGCAUCCGGUCAAAUCAGAGGGGUCUGUUAAGUUGGAUUUGGACAGGAAGGACCUCGACUGGGCUGCUGUUGUCGACCAGGCUAUCAAGACCUUGGAUUCUGCUAAGGCUUAG